AUGACUAACAACCAUUUGAAUACGAUUUCUGGACAAGACCAACAGUACUGUUUGAGAUGGAAUAAUCAUCAGACAAAUCUAACAAAUGUAUUUGUUCAAUUGUUUCAAUCUGAAGAAUUUACCGAUACUACACUGUUUUGUGAGGGUGGACCACCUGUCAAAUGUCACAAAAUGGUAUUGGCUGCAUGUUCGUCAUACUUUCAGUCAGUUUUUGCUGAGGUACCUGGUAAACAUUCUGCAGUUGUGCUGAAAGACGUUGGUCAUUCUGAAAUGAAAGCCAUACUUGACUAUAUGUACAAAGGUGAAGUAAAUAUUGCUCAUGAUCAAUUAGCGGCUUUGCUAAAAGUCGCUGAAAUGCUCAAAGUUAAAGGACUCGUUCAAGACAAUACAUAUCAACCACAGAGCGCAACACCUACCGUUGACGAAGACCGUAAUAUAAUAAGCACUUCUUCUCCAAAUCACGUAUCACCAGAUGGAAAUACGAGUGCAUCCAAAGAUCUCGCCGUCAAUAUUAACAAUAAUAAUGAGCACAAUGAUUCACCCCCGCAUAGUACUGGUAUUACUCACCAAUCACCAUUCUACAACAAAAACUAUUUUGGGAAAUCACCACCGUUAGUAGACCUUAGACCUGGAAGGAGUAACGUUCCGAUGUGGCCAAUGCCUCCCAUGCAGUUGUCUUCAACACCAGUGACAAAUGCAAUGUUUGGUGGAAGUUAUGAUGCUAUGAUUGCUGGACAUCCGGGAAUGUCACCGUUGCGUCGCAAGAAAUUAUCUAGCAUGUUAAUGGGCCGAGAUACACCUAUAUUGAGAACUGUACUUGGACAGGGACAAGCGGAUUCCUCACAGCAACUUGCUCUACCAUUAUAUGGUUCUGAAGCAAUGGAACAUCAUAGACCACAAUCUAAUGGAUCUGAACAUAGCAGCCAAUUUUCAAAGAUUAAAUUGGAAGGAUCAGAACCUCAUUCUCCAUAUCCUCCUGAUAUGUCAAUGAAUGAUGAUGAUGAAAUGAUAAGGAUGGGAAAAAUGAAUAAUUCAUCUUCACCUCAAUCAAUAUAUGGUGAUUCAAAAAGUGGUAUUGUAACUCCAGGAAUUGCAACUUAUGUCCCAUCUCAUAAGCCAGAGUGGAAAAGAUACAAACAGUACACACGGCAAGAUAUUAUGUCCGCAAUAGAUGCAGUUCGAACUGGCAUGAGUGCAUUACAAGCUUCUCGAAAAUUUGGAGUUCCAUCUCGUACCCUUUAUGACAAAGUGAAGAAACUUGGUAUAACCACAAGCCGUCCAUUUCGUAGAUCAGGAGUCAAUAAUGGCAAUCUUGGCUUUGCAUAUGGAUUAGGUCCAGGUACUAGCAGUGUUAUGUUCUCAGGACAAAUGUCCGGAGCUGAAGAUGAAUCUGGUCAUUCUACAGCCAUGGAACAUGCAACUGCUGGUUUCUUACAUCAUGCUCUUGGAUUAUCUGGAAUGCCUUUAAAAUCAGAUCAUGAAACUUCUAACAAUGGGCAUUCACCUCGUUCAGAUAGGAUGGAUGAUGGAGGCUCACCUUGUAGCCCAGAACUGAUUAAAUUUGCUGGACACAGAGAAGACACACAAUCACCAACUCCGACAGACAAUGAUGACCAAGCACAAGAUUUAUCAGUGUCUCGUAAAUCUGAGUCAUCAAUGCAAGCAACACCUACAUCUAGAAUUAUUAUGGCGCCUCUUAGUCAAACGCCCUCUGUACCCAUGUUAGCCGCUGGUAACGACGAUAGGGACUGA